AUGAUGAAAACACUGGUUGAUGGAACGGGGUAUUAUGAGAAAGGUCCUAUCUCAUCAUCAUUAGGGGAUUUGGUAGAGCUUGAAUCAUUAGAUCUCUCCUCAAACAUGCUCCACGGAAGAAUUCCAACGGAAUUAACAAAUCUUGGAUUCUUAGAGGUGUUAAACCUUUCUCAAAAUAAUUUAGCGGGAUCCGUUCCUAAAGGAAAACAAUUUAAUACUUUCACUAAUGAUUCCUACAUAGGAAACUUGGGUUUAUGUGGGUUGCCAUUAUCAAAUAUAUGUGAUAAUGAUGAGAACACUCCAGCCAAAUUUGAUGGCGAUGAUGAUGAAGAAUUGGAUUGGAGAUUUUCUAUAUUGAUGGGAUACAGAUGUGGGUUGGUGCUGGGAGUGAGCUUGGGAUACAUUGUACUCACAACUGGAAAACCAUGGUGGUUGGUUAAGAUCAUCGAGAGAGUUCAACAAAGAUUUGCAGAAAGGUAG